AUGGUAAAUUCAAGUGAAUACAUAUCUAUCUUUACAGACGGACCGCGCCAAAUACUAGAAAAAAUGACUGUCGAAAUCGAGACCUUUGAAGUCCCCGGUGCCAGGAGCUAUUUUGGCAACGCCCUGCCUUAUGGACUGCAGGUCAAGUCGAGGGACGGAUCCACUGUUGCGCCUCCCGUCGCCGAGUCUGCGGCAGCACUGCGAGCUUUGGGAGAGUCCGGAAAACUCCAAGAAUUGUUGGACAAGCAUGGGGCCGUCUUGAUCCGUGGUGCUGGGAACGCCUCCGCCGAGACUUUCUCGAAACUCGUGGGCGCUGCCGAGAAAGGCCGCGGCUCGUACCCUCAUGUGCAAAUUGGGCUGGCCGGCAAGAGAACUCCGCUUGCGGACAAUGUGUGGACGGCAAACGAAGGGUCUCCGAGCACUCGAUUCUACCAACACAAUGAGUAUUCCAGAUACACUCGCUUCCCUUCAAAUAUUCACUUUUACUGUGCGAAGAAAGCCCCCAAAGGUGGCGCAACACCAAUCGCAAACAGCGCCAACGUGUUUGAAAAGGUCCAUGCCGAAAUCCCAGAGCUUGUAGAGGAAAUUGGAAAGCGUGGCUUGGGCAUGAAAAUGCUCUUCCGUGCCCCCGGAAACGAAGCCAAGGUCAACCAGUUCAAUUGGGCCGGCGAGCACAGCUUCGGACAGGAACUUACGCCGGAAGACGACGAAGCGACGACAAAGCAAAAGGUGGAAAAACAAGUGCGCAAGUUGACAUCAGACUUCAAGUGGAACGAUGACGGGAGUCUCGAGCUGACGCAGCAUAUCCCUGGAAUCCGCAGGUUGCCAUCAAGCGGUCGACCUGUGUGGUUCAAUGGCCUUGUUGGCCGCCAUGGUAUCACUCGCGAUAUUGGUGCUCUCGAGCCUCCACACAUUGGCCGCGACGGAAUGACUUAUCUCCCUUGUGUCUAUGGAGACGACACCGAGAUCCCGCGCAGACUCCUCGACAAGCUUAUUGAUGUGAUUGAUAAGGAGGAGAUCAGCUUAAAUCUUGAGGAAGGAGAUCUCUUGCUGGUUGACAAUUUUCAAGUAUCUCACGGGAGAGAGCCGUGGGAGGGCGACAGGCAGAUAUUGGUCUCGAUGUGGGACACUUCAAUCCCAAUCGGAGCGUAUUAA